AGUUCAGUCCCGCGUGGGCGCAUGGAAGGUGGAGAUUUACACCCACUCAUUUGGCAGAGAAAUAAUUCCUGGUGUGAAGUGAUGCAAGUGUAUUUUUGGAACAAAUAAUUAGUCCAGGUUUGUUCUUGUAGGUAAUUAUCCAGUCAGUAAAACUGACUCGAAAUCGGCCGUGCGUAAAAUUUAUCAGCGUUUUUUGGAUAAUGUGGCAGUGCUGCUUUUUGGUGCUUGUAGGCGCGGUGGUUGUGAACGCUCAGUUCCCCAGAGAGUGUGUGACUCCAGAGGGACUCAGGAGUGGACAGUGCUGUCCGUCGCCCUCUGGACAGGCUAAUGACCCGUGUGGCUCCAGCACUGGACGCGGACAGUGUGUGCCAAUCACGGUGGACACUCGCCCGCAUGGGCCUCAGUACCCGCACGAUGGACGGGAUGAUCGCGAGCGAUGGCCCAUCCGUUUUUUCAAUCGUACCUGUCAAUGCAAUGGGAACUUUAGCGGUUAUAACUGCGGCCGCUGCAAACAUGGAUUGACCGGGCCCAACUGCGACCAAAGAGUUCCUGUUGUAAGAAGAAACGUGAUGCAGCUCAGUGCGGACGAGAAGCGUGCGUUCGUGAACGCGCUGGAUCAGGCCAAGCGCGCUGUGCACCCUGAUCUGGUGAUCGCAACCCGGCACUAUUCGAACAUCUUUGGCCCUGACGGGAACACUAUGCAGUUUGAAAACAUCACUAUCUACAAUUACUUCGUUUGGUCCCACUAUUACUCCGUCAGCAAGACCUUCUUGGGCGCGGGGCAGGCCAGUUUUGGGGGUGUGGACUUCUCACACGAGGGCCCCGGUUUCCUGACCUGGCACAGGUACCACCUGCUUCAGCUGGAGCGAGACAUGCAGGACAUGCUGCAAAACCCCUCCUUCGCCCUGCCAUACUGGAACUUUGCUAUCGGUGGAAACACAUGUGACAUCUGCACGGAUGACCUGAUGGGAGCCAGGAGCAGUUUUGACAUGAAUUCUCUGAGUCCCAACUCCAUCUUCUCCCUGUGGCGAGUCGUCUGUGAGAGCGUGGAGGACUACGACACGCUGGGAACCAUCUGCAACAGUACUGAGACUACUCCCAUCAGAAGAAACCCGGCAGGAAACGUGAACAGGCCGAUGGUCCAGCGUCUCCCGGAGCCACAGGAUGUGGCAGACUGCCUGCAGGUUAACACUUUUGACACGCCGCCCUACUACUCCACAUCUUCUGAUAGCUUCAGGAACACCGUUGAAGGCUACAGCGCCCCCAAGGGGAACUACGACCCUAUAGUGAGGAGCCUCCACAACCUGGCUCAUUUGUUCCUGAAUGGGACAGGAGGACAGACUCACCUCUCCCCCAACGACCCCAUCUUUGUCCUGCUCCACACCUAUACUGACGCGAUAUUUGAUGAAUGGUUGAGGAGACACAGUCCAGAUGCGGCUGUGUAUCCAGAGCAAAAUGCUCCCAUCGGUCACAACAGGGGCUACAACAUGGUGCCCUUCUGGCCUCCAGUGACCAACUCUGAGAUGUUUGCGACUGCCCCUGAAAAUCUCGGUUACUCUUAUGAAGCUGAAUGGCCAGGUCAACCUUUCAGCCUGAGUGAAAUCAUAACCAUGACCAUAGUUGUUGCCCUCGUGGUUGUCGCAGUCAUUUUCGCUCUCACCACGUGCGCCGUGCGUGCCCGCUCUUACAAGGCGGAGGGCCACCAGCCUCUGCUCGGGGAUCAGUACCAGCGCUACGACGAUGAGAAAAGCCAAUCUGUUGUAUAAACUCAAACGCAAGCCCUACUUUAAAGUGCCUCUUCUCUCACCGUGGCACAGCUGUGGGGUUUAUAUUAAAGGCUCAAUCUGUUCUCACUAGAACACAAAAUCAUCUUUCUUUCUUUUUAUUUUUUUGCUGCAUUUAGGCACCUCUAUCAAAACUGGUACUUACAAAUAAUGUAGAUGUAAAUACUGACUUAUACAUUUCCCACUCAACAAAGAAUUUUUGUAAUUAGGUAUCAAGAUCAGCUGACUUCCGUGUUUCAGUGUAAGGAAUGUGCAAGUGAGUUUUUCAGCUUUUUUUUUUUUUAGCUUUUUAACCUUUUCAGCUUUUUAAACCCAGCUAAAGUAAUGAAGGAAGUGAAACUUGAACAUAAGUUUGUUUGUUUUUUUUCACUAAAUACAUAGGCUGUAAUAUCCCCAGUAUUUAUCUUAGGUUUGCUUAGCUUAGCUGCACCGUGCCAGCACAGGUACGUUUCAUGAAAGUGCCCAAACAAUUAAGCCAUGUUAUCCACAAGGGGGUGCUGUAGUUCAAUUUCUAGAACUCGGCAAGACGGCAUGUUUGAGAGAGAGAGAGAGAGAUGCUUUUUUAAUGAUGUAUUAUUAAACUGUUUCACGUGACUUGAAAUGUUGCUAAUAAAUGAAGAAACAAGGAAAAAACAACGUGGUGAUUUAGAUAAAUGAAAA